AUGGAGGGCCACCAAGCGAGACAAGAGAUGGCAUCUUUAGCUUGUGGGAACGCCCGAUGGCUGUCGGCCUCAUGCCCGGCCCACUACCUUCCCGAUAGGGACAACCGGGACGAUAACCUCGCCAUGCAAAGUGACGUCGGUUAUGACCUUUACGAGACCAUCUGUGAAGGUAACCAGUCCAAGGGAUUUGGCUUCCUGCGACGUGCGGGUGAUAUCUUCACCACUGCCGAAGUGGGCAUGCCACGCGCUCAGAGUGUCCCCAUGGACACGAGUGUUCCCAUCGGACGAUUGUAA